AUAUUUGUUCCUCAGUUAACACUAGACUUUGAGAUGCAGAUUUUUGUGAAGACAUUGACUGGUAAAACGAUCACUUUGGAAGUCGAACCGAGUGACACCAUUGAGAAUGUGAAGGCUAAGAUCCAAGAUAAAGAAGGAAUUCCACCCGAUCAACAGCGUCUGAUCUUUGCUGGGAAGCAGCUGGAAGAUGGUCGUACAUUGUCUGAUUACAAUAUCCAGAAAGAGUCCACUCUUCACUUGGUGUUACGUCUUCGUGGUGGUAUGCAGAUUUUUGUGAAGACAUUGACUGGUAAAACGAUCACUUUGGAAGUCGAACCGAGUGACACCAUUGAGAAUGUGAAGGCUAAGAUCCAAGAUAAAGAAGGAAUUCCACCCGAUCAACAGCGUCUGAUCUUUGCUGGGAAGCAGCUGGAAGAUGGUCGUACAUUGUCUGAUUACAAUAUCCAGAAAGAGUCCACUCUUCACUUGGUGUUACGUCUUCGUGGUGGUAUGCAGAUUUUUGUGAAGACAUUGACUGGUAAAACGAUCACUUUGGAAGUCGAACCGAGUGACACCAUUGAGAAUGUGAAGGCUAAGAUCCAAGAUAAAGAAGGAAUUCCACCCGAUCAACAGCGUCUGAUCUUUGCUGGGAAGCAGCUGGAAGAUGGUCGUACAUUGUCUGAUUACAAUAUCCAGAAAGAGUCCACUCUUCACUUGGUGUUACGUCUUCGUGGUGGUAUGCAGAUUUUUGUGAAGACAUUGACUGGUAAAACGAUCACUUUGGAAGUCGAACCGAGUGACACCAUUGAGAAUGUGAAGGCUAAGAUCCAAGAUAAAGAAGGAAUUCCACCCGAUCAACAGCGUCUGAUCUUUGCUGGGAAGCAGCUGGAAGAUGGUCGUACAUUGUCUGAUUACAAUAUCCAGAAAGAGUCCACUCUUCACUUGGUGUUACGUCUUCGUGGUGGUAUGCAGAUUUUUGUGAAGACAUUGACUGGUAAAACGAUCACUCUGGAAGUCGAACCGAGUGACACCAUUGAGAAUGUGAAGGCUAAGAUCCAAGAUAAAGAAGGAAUUCCACCCGAUCAACAGCGUCUGAUCUUUGCUGGGAAGCAGCUGGAAGAUGGUCGUACAUUGUCUGAUUACAAUAUCCAGAAAGAGUCCACUCUUCACUUGGUGUUACGUCUUCGUGGAGGUUAAUUUUAUUUCAGUUCAUUUACCUUAAUAAACUUUUAAUUUAAUUUAGUUCUCUAUUUGUUUCGUUCUUGAUUCUUCGUGUGUGUAUGUGUCUAGUGUAACUGUGACUCCUAAUCAAUGUAGAUUUGCUGGUGUUAUGCAAUUAAGCCUAUCGAGUUAUGUUAUACCAGUUACCUGAGUUUAGUAAGUUUCGAUGUUCCGAUUUUAUUAGGAUUAGUGUCGUAUUGAUUUGUAUCCAUAUUUCCGUCCUUGAUCUUACUGCGUUGGUCGCAUUGCUAACUUGAAUGUUUAUCGUACGUUAUUGCCUGCCCGGACUGGUAUGCUGAAGUGUACGUGCGGUUCUGUCAACUCGUAAUUAAUGUUUGUAACAAGUCUCGUGGAAAAGUUUACAUGCUCUAGAUUAGCCGAAUAUAUAUCUAUUCUCUUCAUGACUGUCCGGGUGACAUGUGCGUGAGUCCAGACUACCUGGCUGAGGUCCGAGUAAUCGUUUUUAACGGUGGCUAGAGACUGGUUGACAUAUCUAAAAAUAGUUCGCAGUAGCCCCGGGCGCGUUUAUGUCAUCUUUCCUUUGAUUCUAAAUCGAAGUUUUAAUUAUUAGUCUAUACUUUCCCAAGCUAUCUGCGAUGCUUGUUCCUUUUGUCACCAUUGCAGUUACUACUCCUGACAACCUGGGUAUUGUUUUGGUAAUUUCAUCUUAUCAUGAGAAUGGGGCGUGAAUGGUGAAGCAAGUGCAGGAGGUUAAAGACACCGAGGACUGUGUGAGCUCAUCUUUUCGAUGAUAAUCGGCCAGACUUUUAACCGGCAUCUUUAGUGAAAACCAGUUUUCAAAUAAAUAUCUUAGUAAGUUUUGCGGCGUGGCUUGAUGUCAUUUUAACGGGACUAGCGUGUUUGUUUUCAGGAGCUCUUCAUUAUUGAGAAGGUGUCAUUUGUCUCAUUGCCCUAUCAACUUUUCUCAACCUCGUCAAAUAUAAGUGUGAUAACGUAGUCCUGCAUGGUAUGAUGUUGUGCGCAAUCGUUCGUUAUGCCUAACGUGUCAGUAUCGUCUUUUACAGUUUGGGGCUUGAUGUCUUCGCCCGAACC